GUUAUAAGUUAGGAGAAAAUAACGAGCUUUCACAGCGACAGGGAGCACAGCGACAGCUGGAGUCGGAACUCGCAGCCCCCGCGGAAUGAAACCCUGGGGGAAAAUUUUCUCCUCGGUGGGCCUUGAGGCUCAUCUCCUUCGGUCCGCUUGAUGCUCUCUCUGUUCUUCAACCCCUCGGUUCGUUGCUAAAUUCUGUAUUUAUGCUUUCCGUUUGGGGGUUUUGUCUUUGUCCACCUCGCCUUUGAUUGACGGCGAGGAGGCUGGGAUCCGUCGGUGCCUGUUCUCUGGUAAGGGGAGGGAAUUAGGGUAUGGAGUCUGAUGGAGGGCGAGAAGGGAUCCGGCCUGCGACGGCGGAGGAGGAAGCGCUGAAGAGGAAUACCGACUGCGUCUACUUCUUGGCUUCUCCAUUGACCUGCAAAAAGGGAAGUGAAUGUGAUUAUCGCCACAGUGAGGGUGCCAGAAUUAACCCUAGGGAUUGCUGGUAUUGGCUAAAUAGGAACUGUCUCAAUCCAAAAUGUUCAUUCCGACAUCCGCCACUUGAUUCUCUUUACGUUUCACCAAGAGCCAACUCAGCUCCAGUUCAAGCACCAGAUCGAUCUGCAGCAUCAACGUUUACCCCGGCAGUUCCCACUCCUCGUAAUGGCAACAAACAAAGUGCUCCUUGCUACUAUUUUCAGUGGGGGCAGUGUUUGAAGGGUGAAAGGUGCCCGUUCAUGCAUGGACCACAGGCAUCCAUCGACUUUGUUUUACAGAGUGCUGCAAUGGUUUCUACGUUAUCUGCUGAACCACGGCAAAUAAAUGAGAAAAAUGCACAGAAGAAAAUUAUUACACAACAGAAUGUAGCUGAACUUAAUCUUGAAAAAGCGAAGGCAAGAGCCAUUAGCCCGGUUGGGGUAUCAUCUGUGGCAGCAAAAAUUGUUACACAAGCUGAAAAUGCUACCGAGCAAGAAUCAUUUAAGAACAAAAUAAAAUUGCCUCAAUCAUUUGGUGAUGAGCAUCCUCCACUGAUUCAAAAUGGAAAACCUAGUAACAGUGAGUAUUUUCAAAGCCAACGAUGGGGUCAUCAGGAGCAAUCUACAGAUGAGGAAAAUGAGGAUGGCAAGGAUGCGGAUGAAUUAUUGCAGGAACAUUCCCCUGGUUUUGAUGUACUUGUAGAAGAUGAUAUUGAAGAACCUGAUUACUAUCACGGUGAAGAUGCUUUCGAAAUAGUGGCUGCUCAUAGUGGACAAAAUGUGGAACCCGAAGAUGAAUAUGAAUAUCACCACGGUGAUUAUGAACCUGUGGAAAAGAUUAUAAGGGAUAGGCACAAUGGCAUUGGUGAAUACGAUGGCUAUAAGCAGUCACAUGGCAGGUAUGGUGUGGAAUCAAAUUCUUUUAGGAUUUUGGACAGACCACCAUCACUUGAAAGACAAGUACUUGAUAGAGAGACAAAAUCUGAUGCAAUGGAAGGGUCAGACUUGCGCUUUCAACUAAUUAAACGAAGACGGUUUGAUGCUUUAAAGUCUAGCAGUAAUCGUCAUGGUCGUGGUGAGCAUUAUGGAAGAGAGGAACAAUAUGCAAGGAGACAUCACCGUCUUCGUACCCAUGAUGAUGAAAAUUUUCCUAAGAAAUCCAUCAGCAGUCGUCUGCGAGGCAGGAUUACAUUUCCUGGUGGAUCUUCAAAUGAUGCAGCAAGUAACCUUCUCUUGGAGGAGAGAAGGAGACUUCGAAGUAGAUUGUCACCAAUAAACCGUAUGAACUCCCAAUUAAGGCAUCCAGAAAGACUACGACAGCAACCAAGUGAGGAGUUCAUCAAAGAUGAGAGGAUUCGUAGAAACAAAGCAACCUCAAGGGAUGGUACAAACUCUCUAGAUUUUUCUAGGCCGAUGUCUCUUGCAGAACUGAAAGGUACAAAGGCUAAUGAGAAAUUUCAUGAAAUCAGAACUACUGACUCUAAUCUCACACUGAAUAAAGUUAAUUCUGGAGAGGCAAAAGGUACCCAUGAACCAAAAAAUGCUCUAUCAUUUGAGGGUCCAAAGCCACUGAGUGCCAUCCUGAAGAGGAAGAGGGAGUUGGCCAAUGCAGAGAGUGAAGUUUCUAUUGGUCAAGGAGAACAUAGUCAAGGCGGUAGUGACUCUCCAAAUGAAAUAGAUCCUCAAUUAGAAGCCACUAAGGAAGCCAAUUACACAAUUAAUAAGAGUGAAGCAGAGGAGGUGAUCCCUGAAGAAGACGAGCUAGCCUAUCAUGGUCAGAUGGAAGCUGAAGAUGGUAUGAUAUUGGGGAGCAUAGAAGAGGAAGUAUUGGAGAAAGCAGAAGACGAAGAGCUGGAAAAUUUCAACAAGCAAGACGAUGGUUUUGAUUAUGAGUCAGAGGAGUACAGAGCACAUGAGAAUGAGAAAGCAUUCAGCUCCGACGAUGAUCUAGAUGAUGAUGACUUUGCUACAAAGGUGAGCGCCAUGAUGUCUUAAAUUUAGAUACCAAUUAUAGGCUUUGUGUGCUUGCUAUUUUCAGGCGUGUUUAGUGUUUUCUGUCUUUCAAUUAACUUCAAUAUAAUGAUCAUAAUCUUGUACCUCAGAAUCAAGUUGAGAAUAAUAAUAUUUUUGUUAUUUUAA